AUGACAGGAAGGAAUCAAACUGCCAUCACAGAGUUCCUCCUCCAGGGCCUGCCCAUGGAGUCAGAGCAGAAAAACCUAUUCUUUGCCCUGUUCCUGGUCAUGUAUGUUACCACCGUCCUGGGGAACCUCCUCAUCAUUUUCCUGAUUCGCCUGGACUCUCAGCUCCACAUGCCCCUGUAUUUGUUUCUCAGUAGCUUGUCCUUCUCUGACCUCUGCUUCUCCCCUGUCACAAUGCCCAAGUUGCUGCAGAACAUGCAGAGCCAAGUCCCAUCCAUCUCCUACACAGGCUGCCUGACCCAGAUGUUCUUCUUCAUGCUUUUUGGAGACCUGGAGAGCUUCCUCCUUGUGACCAUAGCCUAUGACCGCUAUGUGGCCAUCUGCUUCCCCCUGCACUACACCGCCAUCAUGAGCCCCAAGCUCUGUCUCGCCCUGGUGGCGCUGUCCUGGGUGCUGCCCACUUUGGACGCCCUGUUACACACUCUGCUCAUGGCCAGGUUGUGUUUUUGUGCUGGCAAUGUAAUCCCUCACUUUUUCUGUGACAUGUCUGCUCUGCUGAAGCUGUUCUGCUCUGACACUCAAGUCAAUGAGUUGGUGAUAUUUAUCAUGGAGGGGCUCAUUCUUGUUAUCCCGUUCCUACUUAUCAUCCUGUCCUAUGCACGAAUUGGGUUGUCCAUCCUCAAGGUCCCUUCUGCUAGAUGUAUUUACAAAGCCUUCUCCACUUGUGGCUCCAACCUGGCUGUGGUAUCACUGUUCUAUGGUACAGUUAUUGGCCUGUAUUUAUGCCCAUCAACUGAUAAUUCUACUUUGAAGGAGAUGGUCAUAGCUAUGAUUUACACUAUGGUGACACCCAUGCUGAAUCCCUUCAUCUACAGUCUGAGGAACAGAGACAUGAAGGGAGCCCUGGGAAACGUGUUUUUCAAAAAGAAAACUUCUUUUUCUGUAUGA